GAAGGAACUUGGAGAGCUGCAGCCCCAACCUCAGCGCGGGUCUCUCCGCCCGCCGCCCGCCGGGAGAGGAAGGGCCGGGGCGCGUUUCGAGGGGGCGGAGCGGGUGCGCGGGCCUGCCCGUCCCUGUUCCCUCCCAGCCUCCGAAGGGCAGCCCGGUCCGAGAGCUGCUCCGAAAGACGCCUCGUCGGUGGACGCAGCAGAGCGCGCAGCCCACGGCGGCAGGAUGGGGCUGUCGAGGCGGGCUGCCUGGAGCGCGGGGCUGCUGCUGCUGGCGGCCGUCUUGGCGGUGGGCGCGGGACUGCUGCUGCUGCUCUUCCGCGACCGCCACAGGUGCGACCCUCCCCGCUAUCGGCAUGCGGCUGUGGCCGCCGACACCCUCAGAUGCUCGGAAGUCGGCAGGGACAUCUUAAAACAUGGCGGCUCAGCCGUAGAUGCAGCUAUUGCGGCCCUGGUCUGCACAUCAGUCCUGAAUCCACAGAGCAUGGGCCUGGGUGGAGGCGUUAUUUUCACCAUCUAUGAUGCACCAACAGGAAAAAUUGAGGUGCUCAAUGCUCGUGAAAGGGCUCCCCAAAACAUCACUGAAGGCUUGCUGAAAAAGUGUGGAGGCACUUUACUUCCAGGGCCUCAAUGGAUUGCUGUUCCUGGGGAACUUCGUGGUUAUAAAGAAGCUCACCAACGCUAUGGCAGAUUGCCAUGGAAGGACCUUUUUGAACCCACCAUCCAGAUGCUUGGCCUUGGGAUCCGGGUAUCAGAUGUUUUGAGCCUGUUUCUAAAAUUCCUAGAGUCGCAUUUGAAGAAUUCAUCCUCAUGCCACCUGCUUUGCAAUGACCAAGGAGCCGUCCUGAGCAACGGAGAGGCCUUGCACUGGGCAGCCCUGGAGGAGACCCUAAAAGCCGUGGCAGAAAACGGGGCCGAAGAAUUCUACUCUGGGAGGACGGCAGAAAAGUUAGUGCAAGAUGUCAGAGCUGAAGGUGGCACCUUGACAUUGGAGGACCUCAAGAAUUAUCGUGUUGAACUGAUGAAACCAGUGAAUAUGUCACUGGACAAAUAUACUAUAUUCUCAGCCCCAAGGCCAGCAGCCGGAGCAGUCCUUUUCUUCAUUCUCAAUGUCCUAAAAGGGUUCAAUUUCACCAAAGUGGAUCUGGAAGAACCAAACAGAAGAACAAGGGUCUAUCACUACAUUGCAGAGACCUUGAAGUUUGCCAAUGGCCAAAGAGCAAAAUUAGAUGAUCCUACAUUUUCUAAAAUAAAUGAGGAGGUUCUCCAUGAGAUGAUAUCAGAUACCUUUGCUGACCACAUCAGGCAGUUGAUCGACGACCGGGGAGACCACCCAACCAGCCACUAUGACCCAGCCCAGCUGAAAGUGGCUCCUUUUGGCACCUCCCACGUGGCCGUUUUGGCAGAAGACGGGAGUGCUGUUUCUGCCACCAGCACCAUCAACCACCCGUUUGGCUCAAUGGUCUAUUCUCAGCAAACUGGAAUCAUCUUAAACAAUGAGCUGGCGGAUUUUUGCAUGAAGCAGUCUAGCAAAAACAUUUUUCCAGGAGAGAUGCCUCCCUCGGCCAUGACUCCGUCCAUUCUUCUUUCUAAAGAUGGGAGGUCCAAGCUAAUAAUCGGAGGCUCAGGCGGGCCCCUCAUUAUCCCUGCUGUAGCCCAGGCCAUCGUCAAUAAGUUGUGGUUUGGGUACGAACUGGAUCAAGCCAUUGGAGCGCCCAUCCUCUCUGCCACCAGAGAUGGCUCCAUUCAAGUGGAGAAGCACUUUCCACAGAAUCUCACAAGGGCUUUGAUCUCCAUGGGGCACUCAGUCCAUCCUGCAGAGCAUGACAUGAAUGUGGUGCAGGGCAUCUCCCAGGAGGGUUUCUGCAUCUUCCCUUAUUCUGAUCGGAGGAAGUGGGGAGAAGCCUCCGGCUACUAGAAGCCGGGAGAAGCUCUGCUAAACUCUGCAGCAACCUGCUCUCCUUCUCGGUCAGGCCUCCGCAGAGGCUGCUGCAAGGAACUUUGGAUGCAUUCCUAUGCAAACCACACACACACAAACACACACACACACACACACAUGGGCCAAAUGGAGGUCUACAUUUCUCCUCCAUCAGGCCUAACUUCUUGCUGCAACUGGAGUUUAUAUCCACACAUGGGCGAGAGAUUCGUCCUGUAGAAAAUCUGAGCCACAACUCUUGUCUCCCGUGAGUCCAGAAUGUGAGGAAAAGGUCUGUUGGGCUAAGCCUUCUUGGAGUAGUCUCUUCUCUGUCCUGAGAUGAUGUCCUCUGUCUGCGGCUGAUGGAAGCCAGGGAUGCCCAGUGAGAAAGACCGAGACUGGCAUGACGGAGGCUUUGGUCUUUGGAAGGAACCCAGGAUUCUCCUGCAAAUCCCCUUUGGUGCUACAAAGCGAGUUAUCCAAAGAGAGCAGAUUCGCUGCAGCCGGUGGGACGGGAGUCCUUCCAAGCUCAAGGCUUUGGACGAAGCUUUUGCCUGGCAAGGCAAUGAGCCAGGGGACUGGGGCAACCAUCUCCCCCAAGAGUUGAGUAGGGCCUGCUGCCAAAGCUGUGGAGAAGUUUGAAAGCCCCUUGGAACCCGGGAGCCAUUAACCUUGGAUGCAGUUGCCUUUUGUUUCAGGCUGGGGGAGGUGGAGGUGGCUGGGUGCCCUGAGCUUUGCCCUCCACCCACCCUGGACACCUUAGAGCCAAAGCCACAGCAGGAGCUUUUCCUGUUCUUCUUUCUAAAAGUGAAAGAGACAGUCUGUUGUGUUCCCACCUGCUGAUUGUUACUGUG